AUGUCUCAAAUCGCGUCCACUUUCUCGCGCCUUGUGCGCUUCAGUCCCAAGUCCAACCCGUCAAAGAUCCUGAUCGGAGAGCCGGUCGACCCCAAAGUCGACGUUGGGCUGGCUCUCUAUCACGGCAAGGACGUCUCCGUACGACCCUUUUCUGGGUCAUCCGUGCUCAGCCCAGGUCAGAAGGCCGAGUCGACAGAAACGAUCGGGCGAAUCCUGUCGCCAUUGUCGCAAAAGGAAGUUGGCUCGAUUCGAUGCAUCGGGUUGAAUUACACCUCGCAUGCCGCCGAGAUGACGUUGGCCAUUCCCGACUUUCCAACCUUGUUCAUCAAGCCAUCUACCUCUCUCGCUGAUCCCUGGCCUGCCCCCACCGUUCUCCCCAAAAUCACACAAGUCGAUAGCACCGGCGACUAUGAGUCAGAGAUGGUGAUCGUGAUUGGUCGCGACGCCAAGGAUGUCAGCGAGGACGAAGCAUUAGAUUACGUCCUGGGCUAUACGGCAGCCAACGAUGUGUCUAGUCGGACCUCGCAGAUGAAUCAGAGCCAGUGGUGCUUCUCCAAGGGAUUCGACACGGCCUGCCCCAUUGGCCCGGUUCUCGUCUCCGCUGCACAAUUUGCGGACGCCAGUCAGUUCCACAUCCGCGGACUGAAAAACGGCAAAGCUAUGCAAGACUGUCCUCUCACAGACCUGAUUUUCAGUGUCCCCAAGCUGGUCAGUUUCUUAUCACAGGGCACGACUUUGCCUGCCGGAACCAUCAUCUUGACGGGCACUCCUCCCGGCGUCGGAGCGGCGAAGAACCCCAAGGAGUUCUUGAAGGCGGGCGAUGAGUUUGCCGUCGAGUUGCUUCCCCACGUCGGAACCCUUAUCAACAAGAUUGAAAACCAAGCAUAG